AUCUUUUCCUUGAUCCUCAGUCCGAAACGAGAACUCAUCGAGAGAUGCCGCACUUGCAGAACAUCGAGCGGGAUUUUCCCCUUAACUGGACCUUGAAUCCCAUUCGGAUCUCGAGUAGUCUCGCCGUAAAUACUCUUUCCUUAUAUCGAAAGAUCUCGCACAACAUGUGGCGCUGUUGCACCCAAUUCUGCCACAGUCCCAAGUUCCAGCGAUAUGUUAGAUUCCUCGAGUCCAGUCUCUGCCAGUUCUAAAGAGCAAUGAUCUAAGAAAAUGCGCCAACGCCACGUCUUUCAAUUGAUUGCUUCUGAUU